UCUUUUUCUGCAGAUGCCGGAUCUCCCAGAUUAUCUAAUACCAAGACUAAAGAUGCGAUUCCAGGAUGUAGAGAAAGCAAGGGAAUUUUAUAACAGAUACGCCAGACACGCUGGUUUUGGAAUCAGGAAGAUGGGAGGGAAUGACAAUCACAAGUAUUUUGUUUGCGCGUUCCAAGGGAAACACACAACUUCUGUUUCAGAGGCUGACAGGCAGCAAAACAAAACAUCUGAGUGGACAGGCUACAAUGCAAGAAUGAGGGUGAUGGUCCAGGAGGAUAACACAUGUGUGGCAGUGGACAUUGAGUACAAUCAUAAUCACCAACUCAUGCAAACUGAUGACAUGCUGGUAUUCUUGCGCUCACACAAGAAUUAUGAUCCCACUAUUUUGGAGUACGUAAAGCUCCUGCAGUACCAUGAUGUCAAGCACACAACAAUCAUGUCCAUGCUAUCUGAAAAUGAAGAUGGAAGCUACUUCCUAAGCAUGACCGGACGAGACCUACUAAACCAGAAAGCCAUGAAUGCAAGGAAAGAUGAUUUGGAUGAUGUAUUGAAACUUGUUUCAUUCUUCAAAGACAUGAAGGCAAUCAAUGAUGAGUUUUUCUAUGACAUACAAGUAGACAAGGACAAGUCAAUUAAAAACAUUUUCUGGUCCAAUGCAAGUUGCCAAGGACCCUAUCAAGACUUUGGCGAUUGCUCAACGAUAUUUGCUGUUGCCCUGAUCAGAGACGAAGAUGCAAAGUCAUUCAAGUGGCCGUUCGAUACAUUUUUACGGUGCAUGAGCAACAAGCACCCAACUUGCAUUCUAACAGACCAGUGCCCGUCGAUGGCGAAAGCUAUACCACAAUCAUUUCCAGACACCGUCCACAAGCUAUGCCGUUGGCACAUCAUGAAGAAGUACAGGGAAUACCUCGCGUUGUUGUAG